UUUUACAACCUACACUCUCCACCAUCUCAGUAGUUCUCACCACCAAUCUUGAACAUGUCGUCAUCUUCUUCUUCUUCUUCCUCUUCUUCUUCUUCUUCACUCAGUGAUCUCUGUGAAGUUAUCUUCUACGGCACACUGUGGUAUAAUGGCAGUUCUACUCGGCCUUUAAAGUUAUAGCUAGUCGCUUCAAUCAUUGCAGUUUUCUCCUUCACACUGAGUUGGAAGAAUAUAAUGGCAAUGAGUGGUUCGGCUCGGCUGUUGUUUAAUAAGUGUUUCUCUUUCUCUCUUUUGGUCUUCCCUCUUUCUCAGCUCAAUCUGCAAAAGCUCUCGAGCUGCUGAUCAGGUGAAAGGGUUCUUGGGGUUCUUGAGAUAGCCCAGCUCGUGGUUUUCUCUUUACACACCGCUAGAGAUGGCCAAGAACAGCGCGAUUUCGAUGUUGCCCGUCUUGUCCCUAGUCCUCCUCCUCAGCUCGCGUGCUUCGGAGGGAUCAGAUGAAUAUGUUGAUCGAGGGCUUCUCUCGUCCUUCAGGGCCUCCAUCGAUGACCCGCUGAGGUCUCUAUCCAACUGGGUCAAUUCAUCAGCUUCUCCUUAUUCUUCCACUGGUUUCUGCAAGUGGAGCGGCGUGACCUGCGACAAUUCAUCGUCUCAUGUGGCCAAGAUCGAGCUCUCUGGGAAGAACAUAUCUGGAAAGAUUGAGGCAUCGAUCUUUCAGAUGGGUUACAUACAAGAAAUUGAUCUCUCCGACAACAAGCUCUCCGGCGAGAUCCCCCGCAAUGUGUUCUCUUGCUCCUCCCUUAGACGCCUCAACCUCAGCAAUAACAAUCUCACCGGCCCGAUCCCAAGCGGCUCGAUUGCGCACCUGGAGACCUUGGACCUAUCAAACAACAUGUUGUCAGGGAAGAUCCCUGAAGAUAUCGGCCUGUUUUUUAGCCUCGAGUUCCUUGAUCUUGGAGGCAAUGUCCUGACGGGUCGAAUCCCCUCAGGUAUAUCGAAUAUCUCGUUCUUGGGGGUCUUGACCUUGGCCUCGAACCAACUGGUGGGUGAAAUUCCAAGAGAGCUAGGACAACUGAAGAGCUUGAAGUGGAUGUACCUUGGGUACAACAACCUCUCUGGCCAAAUCCCGAGUGAGAUCGGUGACUUGUCCUCUCUGAAGCAUCUUGACCUUGUCACCAACAACCUCACUGGUCCAAUCCCACCAUCACUAGGAAACCUCAGUGUCCUUGAGUACCUCUUCUUGUACCGGAACGAGCUCACCGGUCCAAUUCCUAGACCCAUCUUUGGACUCCAGAAGCUGAUCUCCCUUGACCUGAGUCAAAACUCCCUCUCCGGUGAAAUCCCUGAGCUCAUAAGUCACAUGCAAAGCCUGGAGAUUCUCCAUCUUUUCUCAAAUAACUUCACAGGGAAGAUACCCAAUGCUUUAUCGUCCUUGCCUAAGCUUCAAGUCCUCCAACUCUGGUCGAAUGGUUUGUCAGGCCCAAUUCCUGAAGGCCUAGGGAAGCAGAACAAUCUGAGUGUGCUUGACCUCUCCACUAAUUACCUUACAGGGAUGAUCCCAGAAAGCCUCUGUGGUUCAGGCAGUCUCUUCAAGCUCAUCCUCUUCUCAAACUCACUUGAAGGAGAGAUCCCCAUGUCUUUGAGCUCCUGCAAGAGCCUCCGGCGAGUCCGGCUACAGAACAACCGCCUUAACGGCGAACUGCCCACUGGGUUCACGAGACUGCCGCUCGUGUACUACCUCGAUGUAUCGAGCAACAAACUGUCAGGCAAGAUUGGGGAGCAGAGAUGGGACAUGCCCUCACUUCAGAUGCUGAAUUUGGCGAGGAAUGGAUUUUCAGGGAAUUUGCCUGAGGGCUUUGGAAGCGAAAAUCUUGAGAAUCUGGACUUGUCUGAAAAUGGGUUCUCAGGGACAAUUCCUAGGAGUUAUGGGACGAUAUCAGAGUUGAUGCAACUAAAGCUGAACGACAACAAGCUCUUGGGCAAUAUCCCUGCACAGUUGUCCUCAUGCAAGAAGCUUGUAACCCUAGACUUGAGCUCCAACCAACUUGGCGGCCCAAUCCCUGCGAGCAUCUCCGACAUGCUGGUCCUCGGAAACCUCGACCUCUCGGAUAACAAAUUGUCCGGUGAGAUCCCAUCAAACUUAGGGAAUGUCCAGUCACUUGUUCAGGUAAAUAUAUCCCACAAUCGCUUGCAUGGCAGCUUACCACCCACCGGAGCGUUUCUAGCCAUCAACGCGAGUGCCGUUGCAGGCAACGACCUCUGCAGCAAAGAUGUAGCCACUGGCCUGCCGCCAUGCAAAGGUGCAAAGGGUUCUGCACGGUGGUUCCUGGUUGUUUGCUCACUCGCAGCCUUAAUGGCGACCGCUCUCUCUGCCUUCGCGUUCCUCGCCAUUCGACAGAGAAGGCGGUUUGUGCCAAAGAGAGUGGAGAGCCAGGACGGGGCAUGGGAGAUGCACUGCUUCGACCCCGACCUCCCAAGGUCGAUAACGUUGGACGACGUCUUGAACUCGGCCAAGGAAGAGAACAUCAUCUCCAGAGGGAAAGCCGGGAUCUCAUACCAAGGCAGAUCAAUCACAAAGGACAUAAAGUUUUUCAUGAAGGAAGUUAACGACAUCGACAUGUUCGACUCGCCGAGCCUGAAGUCGGAGGUUCUUGAACUGGGGAAGCUCAAGCAUCCCAAUAUAGUGAAGCUCAUGGGACUCUGCGUGUCACAUAAAAAUGGCUUCUUCAUCUUCGAGCACGUCGACGGCAAGAGCUUGAGCGAAGCCCUACGAGGACUGAGUUGGGAGAGGAGGGGUAAGAUCGCGAUUGGGGUGGCAAAAGCUCUACGCUUCUUGCACCGUGACCGCUCGCCGCGCUUCGUCGUCAGCGACUUGCGGCCAGAGAAGAUUAUGGUGGACGAGAAGGAUGAGCCACGCCUGAGGUUGAGCUAUCCCGGGGUGCUUUGUACGGACAAAUAUAAGUGCUUCAUUUCCUCUGUCUAUGUUGCCCCAGAAGCUGGAGAAACCAAGGAAAUCACUGAGAAGAGUGACAUCUAUGCCUUUGGUCUCCUCCUCGUCGAGAUGUUGACCGGAAAAUCACCGGCUGACGCCGAACUAGGCGUGCACGACAGCAUCGUAGAUUGGGCUCGGUACUGCUACUCGGACUGCCAUCUCGACGCGUGGGCCGACCCCGCGAUCAGAGGGACUGCAUCGCACGGUCCGAACGAGAUGGUGGAGGCCAUGAACCUGGCCCUUCAUUGCACUGCAAGCGAUCCCUCGGCAAGGCCGUGCGCCAGCGACGUAUACAGAACCCUAGCGUCCGUGCUGAGGGGGAGUUCUUGCGUUUCAGCCCUAAAAUUUUCUUCACUUGCUUAGGGUUUCUUUUUCUUUUCUUUUCUUUUUUUCUUGCCUCCAUGAUUUUGGGUUCUUUUUCUUCCUUUUCUUGUAUUUUUUUUUUUUCCUUUUUCCGUCCGAACUAGGGGAAGGGUUUGAGUAUAGUUCUUGUGACUCAAAUGCUUUGUUUGAUGAGAUGUAUUGACAUGCACUAGUGAGUGUAAAGGUGUAGAUAGACUGAUGCAAUGCAAUAUUAUAGACUAUAGUUUUUUUUCU